UUGAAGUGUAUUCUUCAGGAAGCACGACGUCGACAGAAGACUUGCCGUGUUUGUGGCGACCACGCCACCGGCUACAAUUUUAAUGUGAUCACCUGCGAGUCCUGCAAGGCAUUCUUCCGUCGCAAUGCAGGUUUAUCCUGCUAUGAAUUUAAAUGCCCCUACUCAGAAGAUUGUGAAAUCAAUGCCGUUAGUAGGCGCUUCUGUCAAAAAUGCCGAUUACGGAAAUGUUUUGCGGUAAUUUUGCUGAAACUCGGAUUCAAGGUACACACCAUGAUUUUUAGCAACUGCGACGAAGAAAAAAUUCACGACUGA